AUGAUGUCAGAAUAUGUGGAUAAGAUUAUUGUGAACGAUGUAUUGCCUUAUUGUAAGGAGGCAAAAAAUGAAAAACCAUGGUAUGAAAAAGCUGGCAUGAAAGGCACCCCACAUCAAUAUCGCAAACUGAGAUUGCCGGAUGGCAAACCAGUGAAUAGUAUAUUAGGCGCUAUUGGUUGGACACCAUUAGUGAAGCUGAACAGAAUACCACAAUCGAUGGGAAUUGAAUGUAACGUAUACGGUAAAAUGGAAUUUUUAAAUCCAGGUGGCUCUAUCAAAGAUAGAGUUGCAGAACGAAUGAUUGAUAUAGCGGAACGGACUAAAAUUUUAAAACCGGGUAUGACAUUGAUUGAACCGUCAUCCGGAAAUACCGGAAUUGGUAUAACAAUGGUUGGAGUAGUUAAAGGUUAUAAAUCUGUAAUUGUAAUGGCCGAUAAAGUAAGCACGGAAAAGGAAAAUGUCAUAAACGAAUUGGGUGGGAAAAUAAUCCGGACUCCAGAUAAUGUUCCAUACGAUUCACCGUUAUCUUAUUUUGGUGUAGCUUUUGAAAUGCGGCAAAAAGAUAAAGACAACUCUUUGGUACUUGAUCAGUAUAUCAAUCCGGCAAAUCCAAUCGUACAUUAUGAGAGUACCGCUGCGGAGAUAUUGUAUGCAUUGAAUAAAAAAAUAGAUAUGAUUGUAAUUGGAGCAGGCACCGGUGGUACUAUCAGCGGGGUUGGACGGCGUAUCAAAGAGGAGUGCCCAAAUGCUACGAUAGUUGGUGUAGAUCCAGAAGGUUCAGUAAUUAGUAGUAAUGGAGAUGAACAGAAGGCAGCAUUCUUUGAAGUUGAAGGUAUUGGCUAUCAUUUUGUGCCAUCUUUGCUUGAUUACAAUGUUAUUGACAAAUGGGUGAAAGUGAAUGAUAUGGAUACUUUCAAAAUGGCUCGUAGAUUGAUCCGUGAAGAAGGUUUAUUAGUUGGCGGUAGUUCCGGUUCCGUUAUGGCAGCAGCUAUGCAAGAAUGCCAGAAGCUUACGAAAGGACAAAAUUGCGUCGUUAUCCUUCCAGAUGGAAUACGAAAUUAUAUGUCCAAGUUUUUAAACGAUGAAUGGAUGUUGAAACGACAUUUUAUGGAACCAAAUCUGCAAAUUCCUGUUACACCUAGCGAACGUUCACUGAACGAACCGUUGAAUUAUCGUCCGGACAUGAAAAUGGAAUGGAAGUGGAACACGCUAGAUCCGAGCAAAAACGAAUGCCCUUUUCCAUUUAAACCAUGGCGUGGAGCGCCGAAUAGAAUCAAAGGAGAAAGAGCAGAAAAUGUAUCAUACGAAAAGCGAAUGGUUAUCGAUAAUGUUUUGGAAGCAAUCGGUGAAACACCUUUAGUACGUCUAAAUUAUAUACCAAAGAUGUUUGGUGUUAAAUGUCAAGUUUAUGUGAAAUGCGAAUAUACCAAUCCUGGAGGAUCAAUAAAAGAUCGCAUAGCUUAUCGAAUGACUGAACUGGCUGAAGAAACUGGUAAGCUGAAAUCAGGAAUGACAAUAAUUGAACCUUCUUCGGGAAAUACCGGAAUUGGCUUAGCACUAGUUGCUGCUGUCAAGGGUUAUCGUUGCAUUAUCGUAAUGCCGGAGAAAAUGAGUCGAGAAAAGGAGAACAUUUUGUUGGCUUUGGGUGCUGAAGUGGUACGUACCCCAACGGAAGCAUCAUUUUCCGAUCCAAAGUCACAUAUCGGCGUUGCCAUUAGAUUACAGAAGGAACUACCCAAUGCUGUUAUUCUGGAUCAAUAUAUUAACGUUGCUAAUCCAUUGGAACAUUACGAUAAAACUGCAGAGGAAUUACUAUAUGCAUUAAAUGAUGACUUAGAUAUGCUUGUAGCUGGUGCUGGAACAGGUGGUACCAUAAGUGGAAUUGGUCACAAAUUAAAAGAAAUUUGUCCAAAGUGUAAGAUUAUUGCUGUUGAUCCUAUUGGCUCAAUUCUUGCUGAUCCAGAACGUAGUAAAGUUUCAAGUUAUGAGGUGGAAGGAAUUGGAUAUGAUUUUAUUCCCAAAGUGUUGGAUCGUGAUAUUAUUGAUUGUUGGAUGAAAAGCACUGAUAAGGAAUCAUUUGAAAUGUCUCGUUUAUUAGCUAAACAUGAAGGCUUACUAUGCGGUGGCAGUUCGGGAGCUAGUGUGUUUUGUGCUAUGAAAGCUGCCAAAGAGUUGGAUGAAAAUCAAAAAUGUGUUAUCAUAUUACCUGAUGGAAUCACUAAUUAUAUAACAAAGUUUGUGAACGAUGAAUGGAUGAAAUCCCGCUUAUUCUGCAUUUGA